GUUUUCUUAUAAAGCAGUCUUAAGUGAUAUUUCCUUCUCUAUAGGUCUGCCUGUUUGGAGCGAAGAUGCAGCCGCCCCUGUGUACAGAGGGGCGGAGGAUGAGUUGUCAGUUGCAGCCGCCGAGAUCGUUGAGGUGAAGGAAGCCUUACCAACAGUGACAGUCCGUGGUUUCCUUAACUUCCGAACAACUAUAGAUAAUACAGUGAUUGUUUUUACACCAGCAAAUGGUGGAAAGACUGAAAGUCCGAAACCCUCACCUGAAAAAACGCAGGUCCCUAUUGUUGAUAACACGAAGGUUCAAAACGUAGCCUUUACGCAGAGUCCAGGUUUACUGAAGCCUCAUCGGUCAACGAAGGAACCUUAUCGUCAAGAGGUUCUCAACAAUGUCAUCCCAACUUCACGUAACUUGUAUCCAGCAAGAACACACUCUCCGCUGUCCCGUUCAUCCUCCAAACCCCCGACUGCUCCUACAAGAGCACCACCUGUUCAGCCCCUGUAUCCGACAGGUUUAGUGACUGUUUUGGGAGGGACCCUGGUCGAAGACGGAAUAACCACCGUCCAUGAAACCAGUGUUAUUGGAACUUACAUAGACGGAAAGUAUGCCCAGAUCCUACAGAGCACUUCAAGGAUCCUACAGAGCUCUUCAAGAAUCACCUUUGCUGCUUCAAGUACAUCUUCGCAAGAACAAUUCCGACCUUCUCCAACUCCUGCCGCUCCUCCUGAAACUACCACAAGUAGUCGUGAUGAUACGUUUCACCCUUCCUCACGGGAUCAUAAAACAUUGAAACAAAUUGUUCAUCCGGACAGAGCUUCAGUUGCGUCAGAUGAAGAGCUCGAGGGGUUGGAACCUAAGACUGAUGAUAGCAUUUCCAGUAACACGGUUCUCCAGUCAUCCUUUAAACCCCCUGAACUAUUUCCACAUCGACUGGACCGACCAACAGAAUCUCUAGACACUGUUCAUUCCAGCACUAUGGUGACCUUAGCCAUCCGUCCACGACAAUCUAGUUCGUCCGAAGAGGAAAACACAGUUUUUAUGCGCAGACAGCACAGAAGACCGUCAUCCAGAUUUCAGUACAUCCCCAGACGAAGAAACACAAACACG